UUUCCAGCUCUUUCUGUUUUUUCCACGCUUCCCUGAUGUCCAUUGUGCUCAUUUUAAUCCAUAGGGGAGAAAAAUAUCAUGCUUGAAAAGUCAUGCAGAACCUCAUUACUCCUCCAAAAAAGAACUCUGAAUUUCGAUGCAAAAUUUUGUCGGUGUAACCUAAUGUUUAAGCACAUACUGCAUUUGAAGGCCUUCAAGUGAAAUUUCUGACGUUGUGGCACACAAUCAGGAUUUCCGAUUGACAACUAAUAACUAUGCAGCUGAACUCCAAAGCCAUUUUUGUCGCUUAUUUGUUAUUCCUUAGUUUAUGCGAUGAAGUUUCAGCUGAGUGUUGUUCUGGCGGUACACUGAUAUGUUGUAGCAAGACGAUCGAAAUACUCGUCAUCGCUGUACUCAUCGCAUUGUGCGUAGUUUUCUUCAUUCAAUGUAUUAUCAUUGUCUGUCUGGCACAAAGGCUUAACAAGGUACAAAAAAGACUGGACAUAGUAGGUUUACACAAUAGAGGGGCGUCAUACACGAUGUAUUCCACUUACCCCGGACAUUAUUCUGCACAGGAAAGAGCACGGGAAGAGACAGAGGAACCGAAUAUGCACAUCCCUCGUGCACGCCGUGUUUCUGGAGCUCGCGCCCUUUCUGCUCUCGUUCCGGCUGGAAAAUCCAGCCCAGUUGCAAUUUUUGAUAAUCUAAACGGCAACAGUGACAAGGAGAUUUGGGGCUUAUACUAACCUUACAAAGACGACGUACCAUGCAUUUCAGAAUUUCCCCCGACUUACGGCACACAGCAGAUUUACUCAGAGAGCCGGUACCGUGAGGCCAUGUUCAUUAACAACUCAAUCGCGGAAAGUCGAAGAGGCUCUUCGUAAAAUUUAGUUCACGAUUUUAACAAGUUUAUGAAGCGUUAGCAAGUACACUAAAUAUUAAUUUGACAUAAUCAAACAUUUUUUUAACUAAAUAAAAACGGAGAUGGAAUCAGAGAAAGCAUUCACUUUUAUUUACUUUGCAAUAACGCUUCCACUUGAUUGUCUGGACUUGGUUUGGCUUUUUUAAAAACUGCACCAUUUUUUCAUCGAAUCAGUUGUACAGUUGAACCCCGCUAUUU